UCGAUCUCUUUCUCUCUCUCUCUCUCUCUCUCUCUCUCUCUCUCUCUCAUUCGAAUAGUUCAACCCCUCUCUUCGCACGCAAGAAGCUCCAGAUUGACCCUCUCUUGUAGGCAAGAAAUUCCUUUGGCCUUCACACACUCUCUUUUCUUCCCUUCCUCACUCACACGCAGGAGGCACAUCUCCUGACCGGUUUCCCUCAUGCACAAGCCGAGCACCUCUCGCAUAAAGCCAGAGAUUGGUUAAGGCAUUUUAAGAGGAAGUGAAAAGACUUUCUCUGGCAUUUGAAGAACAGAUAUGCUUCUGGCAAAACCAAGCAACACUACAAAAAUCCAAAUCGUAUUAUAGAAGAUUUCUUCCUCAAAACCCAACACUUGACAAAAGGAACCUCCAUUUUAGUCUUCUGGUGAAGCUAGAGGGCAGGAUUCAACUGCAUCGAUGGCGCAGCUUUGAAUGCCACUACGUUCACCUACACCAAGAACGUUACGCAUGAAUACAACAGAUGGAUUGGCAGUCUAUAAUAGGAAUCACUUUUUGGAUGGUAACUUGCCUGACACUGAGGACAUUGUAUCAUAUGAAAACAAUGAUGGAGAGGCCGAGGCAAUGAUAGAAGAGUCACCCUCAGGCAAGAUCCAAGCUUCGGCACCAUGCUGCAGCUGUUCAAGUUCUAAGUGGAUUGGAAAGAGGAGUUUUCAGGGUCUUGUGGAUCUUGUUGAAAUGAAAGCUUAUUAUUUUCAUUUAUCCAAUGGUGAGGAUAUUGUUGCAUCUGAUGUCCCCUCAAAUCUUGAGGCGUUGGUCUUAGAAAAGCGACAGAAACUCAUAGAAGUUGUUUCUGAAGUUGAUGAUCAGCUUGCUGAUUCUUUUCUUAAUGAUCAGCCCAUAUCAUCAGAUGACCUCAAGAUGGCUAUCCGUAGGGCUAUAGUAUCACAAAAAUUUGUGCCCGUUUAUAUGGGAAGUGCUUUUAAGAACAAGGGUGUACAACUUCUUCUUGAUGGGGUAAUUAGCUUUUUGCCCUGUCCUACUGAAGUUGAAAAUCAUGCCCUGGGCCAGGACAUGGCUGAAGAGAAGGUUAUGUUAUCUGGAAGUCCAGCUGGACCUCUUGUUGCUCUGGCUUUCAAAUUAGAAGAGGGUCGCUUUGGCCAGUUGACUUAUUUAAGAAUAUACGAAGGUAUUAUAAGAAAGGGUGACUUCAUCAACCAGAUCAAGGUAAUAUCUAAUUUUUCAACAUUUUUAUAUAGAUGUUUAGGAGAGAGUAAUUUGCAAGUUAUCGUUGUGCUGUAUUGAACGAAAAUAUAUCUUAUAACUAAUGUGGAAUAACUGUGCGGCCAUGUUAGAAGAAUCCACCUGGAACUUAUUUUGAUUUAUUGAUGAAAUUGAGCGACAAAUUUUUUUUUUUAUGUUUCAGCAAGCUUUUAAAGAGCAAUUUCUUGCUGUACUGGUCUUGUUAGCAACAUUGCUAUAUGCACAUGACAACUUCACAACAAAAACAAUGCAUUACCAGUAAAACAUUAAGAAUAAUCUGAGACUAUUAUAGCA